GAAGCAAAAUUCAUUUUCCCCCUCGUCGAUUGAUUGCUUUUGUCCUCUCUGCCUCCCAUAAUUAGCAAUCGUUUGUUGUAUUGUUCUCUACUCCACGCAGACAUAUUGGACAAAUUAUCUUUACAAUAUUUGAUGAUAGUCACAAACAAUUGCCACUAUGUCCACAUCUCACACUAUUGGAUCACCAAGCACCAAUUCUCAAAAUAUUCUUGAAACAUCAACUUCAUCAAGACCAUCACGUUAUCGUCAAUUCAUCGAUGAUAUAUCCGCAAACCGCAAUGCAUAUUUUCUCACAGUAGUCGCCUCAUUUGGCGGCAUGUUUUUCGGUUGGGAUACCGGACUUAUCGGUGGAAUUCUCACGAUGCCCGCAUUCCAAGAUUCAUUUGGACUCGAAAAAGGAUCCUCAACUUACACUAAUGUUUCGGGAAACAUUGUUUCUGUCCUACAGGGAGGAUGUUUCUUUGGUGCAUUGUCAAGUUUUUAUAUUAGUGAUGUUUUUGGUAGAAAAAAGGCAUUGUUUGUAGCUGAUUUCAUCUUUUUGGUGGGUUCGAUCAUUCAAACCACCAGUGGAAUGGGAACAACGAGUUUAGGACAACUUUAUGCGGGAAGAUUCAUUGGAGGGUUUGGGGUUGGAUUAGUGAGUGCGGUUGUACCAACUUACAUUGGAGAGAAUGCUAGUAAGGAGAUAAGGGGGAGAUGCGUGGGGUGUAUGCAGUUGUUUAAUGUAACUGGCAUAAUGCUCGCUUAUUUUAUAAAUUAUGGUAUGAACAAGAACAUAGCCGGCAACAAUCCGCUUAAAUGGAGGGUUCCUUUCGCUUUACAAAUGCUUCCAGGUGUCUUUCUCGGACUAGGACUCUUUUUCCAAAAUGAAAGUCCACGAUGGCUCGUCGAAAAAGACCAACAUGAAAAGGCUCUUCAUGCACUCUCCCGUGUUCGUCGUCGUUCUCCCACAGAUCCACUGAUCCAACGCGAAUACAAUGAAAUAAUUGCGGACUUUCACGGAAAAGAGAAAUUAACCCUCAUUCGACAAAUGAAACUCACGGUCUCGAACAAAUCUUCGUUCUACGCUGUUUCUUUAAGUGCAAUCCUUAUGUUUUGGCAACAGUGGACCGGGACAAAUAGCAUCAAUUAUUAUUCUCCAGAAAUAUUCGAGACGGUGGGCCUGAAAGGCACAUCUGCAGGACUUUUUGCAACAGGAAUUUAUGGUGUCGUGAAAGUUUGCGUUACUGCACUAGGACUUAUGUUUGCGACAGAGCAAGUUGGCAGGAAGUGGUGUUUGAUUGUAGGAGGAUUGGGACAAGCAUUUGCUAUGUUCUAUAUUGGUAUAAACCAAGCUGUCAAUCCUCCAGUUGAUGGAGCACCCUUGGACGGAAACUCCACCUUCGCAAUUGUUUGCGUCUACCUCUUUGUUGUAUUCUAUUCCUUUGGCUGGGGACCCAUUCCAUUCGUUCUCAGUUCCGAAUGUUCUCCCAACCAUCUACGCAGUUUUAGUAUGGCACUUGCUAUUGCAGUACAAUGGUUAUUCAACUUUAUCAUCUCGAAGAUCACACCAUUUAUGCUAAGUGGGAUUACCUACGGAACUUUUUUGCUUUUUGGUGGGUGUUGCAUAUUGAUGACAAUUUAUGCGGUUAUCUUUGUUCCGGAGACGAAGAAUGUUCCACUAGAGAGAAUUCAUACGCUUUUCGAAGGAGAGAUCAUAAAAGGGGCAUGUAAGGAUACGAUACCUCGAUUGAGAAGAUCUAAUAUGUUGAGGGAGAUGAGAAGGGAUGGGGAGGAGGAGGAUUUCGGAAAGGGGGAUGACAAUGGAAUGAGUGUACAUGUUGAGAGGGUGGAUGGAAGGGUUUAAAAGGGAAAUGAGAUUCAUUAAAUGUUGAGAGUCAGCUUCGGUAGAAAGUGUACAUUUUAAUAUUCAAGGAAAAUUAAUGUGUUCUUGAACAUAUAGAGAAAGAUGGGCAUCAGUGUGAAAACCACUCUUUCAGAGUUUCGCGAACAAAAUUUUCUCAUCUCUAGAAUGACA